UUCAAAUAUGACUUUCCAUUCCUAAUUUAAGAUUGUGAACAGUUUAGGGCCAUAGGUUUUGGUUAGUGGUGAUUGUGGGAAGCCCACUAGGUGCGCCUUUGUUGGUCAGCCGACGUAUAGUCCAAAUUGGUUUGAUACAUUUGAACCCCAACAAUGGAGUUGACAAACAUCAACUCAAAUCACUAUCGUUUUAUCUCACUAGUUUUACAUAUUUGGUGAUAUGGAAAUAAAUUAAGAUAUAUAGAUUAUCAUGUAUGUUUUAAUUUUUUGUGCAAUUGUCAAUGCUGAGUCGCUGACUUAAAAGAGGAGACUAAAAGUUGUUUUUAUGUUUACAUUACAAGUCAUCUUCACAUAUACCAAUUAGUGGUGGGUAGCUUGAUUGACCAAGCCUAUAGAAACCAAGUUUAAUGCAAAGGUAAUAUGAUCACAGAGUUUAUCCACUUCGAUCACAAACUUUUCAUUCAUUUGAAUACAAAAUUCCGUAAAAAAAAACAAUAAAAAAAAAAACGUGACAUUAUCUUCCGAUAUAAUAUAUAAUCCAACGGGGGUGCAUCUUACUGCCAUAGUAUUUUGGAGAGAUGGAAAUUGGUAUUAUUGUGAGCUUAUUUUUAUUAUUAUUAGGCUUCAGUAACAAUAAGUGCUGUUUGGGUGAAAUUGGCACUGCCUCAUCCUAUGGUCCUCCUUAUACACCUACGAGAUGCAAUGGCAACCAAGGAGAUCAAUUUCCACUGGGGAAUUUAUUUGUAUCAGUGAGUGAAGGACUAUGGGAUAAUGGGGCGGCAUGUGGUAGGCGUUACAGAUUGAAGUGUUUGAGUGGAAAUAAUAAACCGUGUAAAGGUGGCACAAUUGAUGUUAAGGUGGUCGAUUUUUACUCCAAAAGACCAUGUCCUUCAACGAUUGUCUUGUCAAAUGAUGCAUUUUCUGCCAUUUCCAAAACUCAAAGGGGAAAAAUUAACGUUGAAUAUAUUGAGAUCUAACAUGAACCCCUAGUGUUUUUGUUUUGCAAAUUGUGGAAGUUUCAAUCUUUGAUGAGUCGCGGAUUGUAUCCUUUCCGCGAGCAUAUAAAAGUUAUGAGUAUAAAAUAAAUGUUGUUUAUUUUGUGGGUGGAGGGGUCCGAUUAUUCAGUUAGAUAGAACAAUAAAGGUUGUAAUCACAUACAUGGAUUUUUUGAAGCUUAAAUCCACGAAAGCUUGAAGAU